AACUUGAAAGAAACAUGUAGCGUGAGGCUAAACAGCAGUUGUUGACAUAUUUAGAAUAUGUGUAGUGUGGUGAAGCUCUGUGAGAAUCUUCAUGGGCUUAUCUUGACCGUGACUGGCGACGUGGUUUGAACAAAACAGUCAUCGGAUCUGUCUCAAUUUGACCCCUCUGGCUUAUUCAGCCACACAGAAGGACGACAAUGCUGUGUUGGGGCAAUGCUUCCUAUGGACAGUUGGGUUUGGGUGGCAUCGAUGAGGAGAUAGUGGUUGAACCAAGAAAAUGUGACUUUUUCCACGGGAAGCAAGUGGUGGAUGUGGGCUGUGGACGCAAGCACACUGUUUUCCUACUGAGUGAUGGCACGGUCUACACUUGUGGCUGCAAUGAUCUGGGUCAGCUGGGUCAUGAGAAGUCCAGGAAGAAACCAGAGCAGGUUGUGGCUCUUGAUGCUCAGAUCAUAACAGCAGUGUAUUGUGGAGAGUCACAUACACUUGCCUUGAACGACAGCGGGCAGGUCUUCUCGUGGGGCCUGGGCUCAGAUGGGCAGCUGGGCUUAAAUAACUUUGAGGAAUGUGUUCGUGUACCUAGAAACAUCAAGAGUUUGAGUGAUGUUCAAAUUGUUCAAGUCACCUGUGGAUACUGGCACUCCCUUGCACUUUCAAAAGCGGGCCAAGUUUUCACCUGGGGUCAAAAUCGAUACGGACAACUUGGGCUGGGAGCAAAUGGGCAAAGCGUUUCCACCCCCCAAAUCAUUCAGUCUCUGCAGGGCAUUCCUUUUGCUCAGAUAUCAGCAGGAGGUGCUCACAGCUUCGCCCUUACUCUCUCAGGAGCCGUGUUUGGUUGGGGACGGAACAAGUUUGGUCAGCUGGGUCUCAAUGACUGCAAUGACCGAUAUUUUCCAUCCCUAUUAAAGUCACUGAGAUCGCAGAGAGUAAUUUUUAUCUCCUGUGGAGAAGAUCACACAGCCGCUCUGACCAAGUUAAGUGGCGUUUUUACAUUUGGAGCUGGAGGAUAUGGCCAGCUGGGACAUAACUCUACAAACCAUGAAAUCAAUCCAAGGAAAGUGUUUGAGCUCAUGGGAAAUGUAGUCACACAGAUUGUAUGUGGAAGGCAGCACACGCUGGCUUUCACACCCUCGUGUGAAAAGAUGGACUCAUUUGGUCUUGGAGGUAAUGGACAACUUGGUACACGGUCUACCUGCAACAGAAAAAGCCCAGGCCCUGUCAAGGGUUCAUGGAUACCCUCCAGUGCUCCUGAUGAUACUAGUAUGGAUCAGAAUGUUUGUGUGAAGAGGAUUUAUGCUGGAGGAGACCAAAGCUUUGCUCACUACUGUACUGCCAAUGACCCGCAAAACAUUGAUAAUGUGGCAAUACCAGAAACCCAGCGAAGAGUUUUUACCCUGAAUGAGGAAACAAUACAAAGAUGGCUGGACUACUCACCAGGAAGACUCCCGCAAGAAAUCAUCAAUGAGAUUGACUUGGUGUUUUCAUCAGCAAGCUGCCUCAAUGGAUCCUUUUUGUCUACAAGUCAUCCAGAUCACUAUUGUACCAAUGGUAAAUGUUCAGGUACAGAUAUGAACAUGGCCCGUCUACUGUUUCACAGACUGAUAACACAAGAACAUCCAGAGAUUGCCCAACAGAUUGCUGCAAGUAUGGAGAAGAACCUAAUUCCGAGACUGAGUAACUCCCCUCCAGACGUUGAAGCACUGAGACUCUACCUCACCCUUCCCGAAUGUCCUCUCCUCAGUGAUCCAAACAAUUAUGUGACUAUUUCUAUCCCGUUUGCCAAAUCACUCCUCAGCCUGAAGGAAGCGCCUCUAAAGGUGCUGGGAAAUUGGUGGUCCACAUUUGAAGCCCCAGUCUUCCAGCGGCUAGUAGAACUGUACAAAGAGGUGGUGGUGUAUCUGCUUCAGAUGCACAAAGUAGGGAUUCCAUCCGUAGAGCAGCGAAUUUUCACCUGUUUCCUGGACACAUCACUCCGAUUGGUGGAAAUCCUGCACAUGGUAAACGAGCGAGCUGGACACAUUAUACAGUACGAUAAAUUCUACAUUCAUGAGUUAGAUGACUUGGUAGACAUCAGAAAUGACUAUAUCACUUGGAUUCAGGGGCAAAUGCAUCAAGGAGGUCAUGACGGUGUAGUAACUUUGUGCAGGUACCCUUUUGUAUUUGAUGCAACAGCAAAGACAACUCUGCUACAGACUGAUGCUGUCUUACAAAUGCAGAUGGCAGUGGAUCAGGCUCAAAUGCAAAACUUGAGUUCCAUGUUCCUGCCUGCCGUGGAAUCUGUAAACCCAUGCCUCAUACUCAUUGCCCGGAGGGAAAACAUCGUUGGAGACACUAUGGAAGCUCUCAGGAAAUCCAAGAAUGUUAACUACAAAAAGCCACUAAAGGUUAUCUUUGUUGGUGAAGAGGCGGUCGAUGCAGGAGGUGUGAGAAAGGAAUUCUUUCUUUUGAUCAUGAAAGAGCUGUUGGACCCAAAGUACGGCAUGUUUCGUUACCAUGAGGAGUCCAGGCUCAUUUGGUUCUCACGCAAGACCUUUGAGGACACAGACUUGUUCAACCUCAUCGGAGUUAUCUGUGGUCUUGCCAUCUACAACCUGACUAUUGUGGAGCUCAACUUCCCCGUUGCACUUUACAAGAAGCUCCUGAAAAGGAAACCCACCUUAGAUGACCUGAAAGAGCUCAUGCCAGAUGUGGGAAGGAGUCUCCAACUGUUACUGGACUAUCCAGAAGAUGACCUUGAGGAAACGUUCUGCCUGAACUUCACAAUUACAGAGGAAAACUAUGGUGCCACAGAGGUCUUGGAACUUGUACCUAAUGGUGACAACAUAAAUGUUAAUAAAUCAAACAGGCAGGACUUUGUCAACGCGUAUGUAGACUACAUAUUCAACACCUCAGUGGCCUCACUCUUUGAGUGCUUUUAUGCUGGCUUCCACAAGGUGUGUGGAGGCAAAGUUCUGGAGCUGUUCCAGCCCAACGAACUGCAAGCUAUGGUGAUUGGCAACACUAACUACGACUGGACUGAGCUGGAAAAGAGCACUGAAUAUAAGGGUGAGUACUGGCCAGACCAUCCCACCAUCAGGAUAUUUUGGGAAGUGUUCCACAACCUUCCUUUAGAGAACAAGAAACAGUUCCUCUUGUUCCUGACAGGGAGCGAUCGCAUUCCCAUUUUGGGCAUGAAAAGCCUGAAACUGGUGAUCCAGCCAACUGGUGGGGGAGAACAUUACUUGCCCGUUGCCCACACGUGUUUCAACCUGCUGGACCUGCCCAAAUACACCAGUGCGGAGGCACUCCGGGAGAAGCUUCUUCAAGCUAUAGAUCACUAUCAAGGCUUCAAUCUGGCGUGAAUCACAGGGAAAAGUCUGGACGGCCAUGUUCAAACCGAUGACGGGCCUCCACUCCCCCAAACAUCUUGCUUCGCAGACUAAACUGAGUACUGGCUGGAAAGUGCUCCCAAGACACGAGAUGUCAUUAAGACUUUGCAACAUAUACCUUUGUAUUAAUGGACUUACAUUUGAUAUUGCAACAAUAUGCUUUCAGUCAUGUUUGGAUAUUGCAACUAUGAGAAAGCAAAAGCUGUUAUGUUUAAAAUUUGCACACAGUAACAUACUUCAGUAUGGCACUACCUGUUUGACUAUAAAGCACUCAGCGUCUUAUCCAUGGAAACAUUGUCCAAACAAUAUAUUUGAAUAACCUGGCCUCUCAAUAGAGUAGGUUUAGAUGAACAUGUCUGACUUUUCAGCAAAGUCCCAUCUGGGGCAUCCGUGUUGGCAGAGUGAAUCACAUUGCAAUAUUGCAGGAUCUAACUGCGUGAUCUGUGACUUUUUACUUCAUCUUUGAUAGCAUUGCGCUUUGGAUCCUGAGUGGUUGUGAAUCUUUAAAAUGGGCAACAAAUAAAAGAGCUAGCCACCAGCAGAGACGGCAUAA